AUGAUAAGGCGAACAAAUCCCUCAAUCGAGAAGAACUCUGUUUAUUGCGAUAAACACGCGGACAGCAAAGUUGAUAUUUACUGCAAGACAUGCGAUGUGGCUGUUUGUAUGAACUGCGCUUUUGAAAAACAUCCCAACCCCAUUCAUCAAUACAUGUCAUUGGAAAUGGCAGCCGAGAAUGAAAAGGAACGUUUUGCAAAAUUGGUUCAACAACUCGGCAAUCGAAAGAACGAACUGAAAGAAGCCAAGACACACGUGGAAAAACAGUUCGGCGAGCUGUCCCACAGCUACAAAGCAAGUUUGAAAUCGAUUAAACAACACGCUGAAAAAAUUCAUCGAAAUAUAGAAGCGAUGGAAAUAAAGGCGACCGAGAGUCUUGGAAUAUUGUUUCAAGGAAAAAGAAAUUUGUUUGAAUCUAUGAAAGAUACUGCGGAUAAAAGCAUUGCAGCAGUUUCUAACACUAUAGAGUUUGUGCAAAUAGAAAUUAAGAGUUCCAGUCCAUGGAAUUUUCUUUUAGCACGAGAUUUCUUGCAGGUACAAAUUGAUGAUGUCUUGACUCUAAACGUGAACAAUCAAGACAUAUCUGGUCAAUUAGAUUUUCAACUAAGCGGCAGUACUGACGUGGAUGAGUUUGUUGUUCCCAAAAUGCCUGUCAGUAUUGCAAGGCCAUCUUUGGUGGAUGGAUUUUCAGAGAUUAGAAAGAAGAAAGACAAUAUGGAUGGAAGCAUUAUAACAAACAGAUCAAGUAAAAACUCACUACCUAAAGAUAAAUCAGUAUCCUCCAAGCAAACAGUGUAUAAUUCACAAACUGGUAUCCAUAGUGACCACACCGUGGCAACAGCAGAAGUACCAAAACAAACUGAUGUUACCAGGUGUCAACAGAAAUCUGACAGGAAAAAUUCUAAACCAGAGUUGUCUAAAAGUAAAUGGCAAAAAAAAAUUAGACCUGCUAAAAGACAGCUGCCCAACAAUAGCACUACCAAUAGCUCUGUUCCAAGUACAAGUGGAAUGAGCAGUGAAAUCAACAAUACUAAGGUAAUGAAAAAGCUACAUGAAAACGUGUCUGUGGUACAUCAUUUAACUGGGGAUCCUAGUAGCAGUAAUGGGAAACCAUCGGAAAAAUGA